CUCAAUUUGACAGCCGAACAGCUGUAAUUAAGCAGUUCGCCAUUCAUUUCAUUUGUCGUGCAGUAAAUGCAUUUAAUCUGUUAAUAAAAGGUUGAAAAAAUAUCGUUCAAUUGAAUUUCGUUGCUGCUAUUGCUGACUGCUCCAGAAUAAUAAACUAAUAUUUGAUUUGAGCUUAUGUGAGCUCAUCUAAUAAACCUUCGACCCGCGAGAAAUUACAUUUAUUUUGCAUAAAAAUGAGUUUACCUCCAGCAUUGCUGCAGCGCUUGGCACAGCGCGGUCUUGUACAAAAAUCAAAAAGGAAGGGUGCAGAUCCACCACCGGUUUCAUCAGUCGAAAAUGAAGAAGUCAUUGCUGAAGAUUACGAUGAAAUGGAAACAGAAGAUCCACGUGCUACUGUUCACGAAGAAUAUCAAUAUCCGCCACUUUAUGAUACCGAAACGAGCAGUAAACGCGUUGAAGAAAAUUUCUGGAUAGGACGCAUGAAAGAGCGCAUGGGUGAAGCCAGCUCAACCACAGGCCAUCGUGGUUGCCCAAAUAAGUACAACAUUUGGCACAAAUGCACGCUGUUUUGUGUUAAUCGCUGGGGUGAUGGCAAAUCCGAACCAAGUCGCGAGUAUAUGCGUCGCUACAAACGAUUGCGCCGCAAAUAUCCAUUGCCCAAAGGUUGGGCUGAUCGUUAUGAUCCCGGUUGUGGUUGUUACUACUUUUAUAGUGUGACCGAAAACUUAGUUUCAUGGCUACCACCUACGCAUCCGAAAUCUCAGGUCACAAAGAGCGCUGCCGUUUUUCGUCGACAAUUGGAGGAAGCAGCUGGCGGUGAAGGUGGCGGAGGUAGUGAUGGAGAACAGCAGCCCGACGAAAGCGAUGAUGCACAAGAAACCGAAUUAGCGCGACAUCAACGCGAAAUAGAUGAAAUAAUAAACUCAUCAAUGCGGGCACGUUCUCCGGCUCUGCCGAAGCAAGAUUUCCCUAGUUUACAGGAGAGCACGGCGACAGCAAGCGCAGCAACACAACCGCAACGAAAACAAAAAUCACGUGAUUUGGAUCGCACGCUAUCUAAGCAACGGCGUGACCGUGACAAGGAACGAGAGCAGAGCAGCAGCCGCAGGCACCGAGGACGUAGCGAUGCUGAGCCAGCAGAUCCCAUGGAUCCCAGUUCGUACUCUGAUAUACCGCGCGGCAAGUGGUCUGAUGGACUGCCCACCGGUGGCAGUGAAGAACAAAAGAAGUCAAAAAGCGCAAGCAGCGGAAAAAAAGACACGGCAAGGGAGCGUGAAAAGCAUGCAGAUGCACGGCGUGACAGCGACGAUUAAACAGAUGUGUAUAUUAAAUGGAAAUAAAUGAUGUAUGCGUAUAGAUGUA